AACCACGAUUAGCUGUAGUAUCAUAGUGACUCUUAACCACCCAUCACAGGUCUUAUAUUUUGCCAUACACCUCCAAAGCCUUUCGAACUCGCCUUGGCUCUACAGUCUUUGUAACUAUUCCUAAACAAAUCAGCUUUGUUUCUCUCAUUCCCAACAACUAGCUGAGUGGAACACUUUCCAAGAUGAAGUUACUAGGUUGGAUGCAUCGGAAGUUUCGACAAGGUAGCCAUGAACCACUCAAAGAUUUCUCCUUAGGGCAGCCGUCGUUGGAUGACAUACAAUGCUACCCGAAAACGAAUUUCUACACUAAGUCCUCCAGCAAAUCUCAGAGAGACAACCUUCUGCGCAAAUCGUUUGCUGGUCCAGAUGGAGACAGGGCGGACGAAGAGGACUUUGAAGAAGAAUCUUCAGCUGCACUCACUGAACUGUUCCAUGGUUUUCUCGCAAUUGGCACAUUGGGAGGAGACCCUAUUGUGAACGACCCUUCGACCCCAACGUUUUCCAUCUCUGUGGAGAACAUAGCGGAGAAAGAAACAGAAGUGACAGAGAAUGAUCUGAAGCUGAUCAAUGACGAGUUGGAGAAGGUGUUGGGAGUAGAGGCCAAAGACGACAUCUCAUCUGGGAGAAGCAGUCAGGUUAGUGCUGGGAGGAGCAGUCACUGCAGCACCAUCACACUCAGCGGGAAGCAGCUCGAGAGCUUAGACAACAGCGGAAACAUUGGAACAAACAUUUGUCCGCUCCAAGGUUACCUGUUUGGUUCUGCAAUUGGUCUGCCAGACACAACCAUUGCAAAGAAAGAACCUAGGCCAUCUCUCGGAGAGCUUUUCCAGAAAACCAAGUUAGCAGAUGAAAACUCUGGAGGAGCAAAAUAUGACAGGGGCGAAAAACCUCGUAUGGACAAGGAACACGACAAGUCUGCUGUGCACCUUGUGAAGAAAAUACUCAAGAAAGGAAUGCCCCAUGCCUCUUCCAAGAGCUCAACUGCAGCUUUGGGCUGCACUAUUGAUUCUGCUGCUGCUGAGACAAAACUGCACAAGAUUCUGCAUAUGUUCCACAGGAAAGUCCAUCCUGAGAGCACAGCAACAGCAGAAAAGCUCGACAAGCCCUCCAAAAAUGAGAUCAGGAACAAUCUAAUGUAUGAUGGGGCCUACAACCUCGGAGGUGCUGAAGAUGUUGCCCUGGUGCCUAAGCGACGCAUGUCAAAGGAGAGCAUAAGGCGUCUGAAGAGCCAAUCCAACAUGCAUCAGUUCACCAUUAGUGCUGCUGAUUGUAACGGGAACAGAGAAUGCUGGAUCAAAAGCGACGCAGACUACCUGGUUUUGGAGCUCUAAGGCCAAGAACCAGAAAACAUCAGAAGCAGCUCAGGUUCACUGCCAGCUAAACCUGCAACAUGUUUGGGUUAAUGAAACUCUUCUCUAUACUAAUAUGUUUGAGUGAUUGAGUCUUGACAAGGUUGAGAGAGAACUUUAUAGCAUCAGAAUAAGAUAUGUAUUAAAGAGUGUCUGUCUCUUUGAUUUAUGCUUAUUUUAUGAGUAUUAUUAUGUACAAAGGUUUGAGAUGUAUGGACCAAGAUGAGCAUGAUUUAUGCAUAAAAGUAUUUGAGAUGUUAAGUUAAUGUU